CGUAGACGAGCGCUGGCGAGCGGCGCGGUCGGGUCGGACAUAUUUAAUUCACCUGUCCGCUGUCCCCGCUGUCAUCAGGGGGUUCGAUAUAAUUGUGUUUAACGCGGUCGCGAUUAGUGUUCCUCACUUAACGAGGCCCCACUUGGAAGCGCCCGGCAGCGCAGCGUCGACGGGCUGCAUUUGAAGCCCUCCUCGCGGCCGCGCCGCGUCCCCGCGACCGUCGUCUCGCCGUCGGGGUGUAUCAAAUGUAGUUUUUCAGCGCGCCGACAGAGUGAAGGCGAACGCACGGAACGAUCCAGCGCCGCACGCAAAAGGGGGAAAAGCGCAAGAAAAUCGGCCCGCGGUCUAUUUUUACAUGGACUCUGGUGUGUUGUGUCGGCGUGAUGCAUAUCUGCUCUGCUAGUCUACGCUAUUUUCGCCGAUCGUAAAGUAUAAAUAGCCCGCGAGUGAUUCGCUUCUAAUCUAAACAUAGCAAACAGUGGAGCCAUUUUUAUGCGUUGCGCUCGCCCGAUUCCUUCCGAAUUUUCAAUGAAGCGGCAGCCCGCGCUUAUCGCGACUCCAACGCCGGCGGUGCGCGCCGACCGCGUUAGCUGAGUGCGCGAUCCGAGCGCGUUCGAGCCGUCGGAAGCUGUGCCAAGGAGCCCCGAGCGCCCCGUCUCCGCCGAGCCGACAUAACCCUCAAAGGUCUCCGAGCGCGAGCUGGUCGAGAGGCUGGUGGAGGAAGGUCGGCGCGGCGUCUUCGCGGCCGCGGCGGAGUGUGAUGAAAGUGGUCGGUCUGUGAGUGGUGCGUGCACGACGACAGCCACGGUGGCGACGGGCCCAGAGUGCGGCCCUGGGGCCGCCGAGAAGGGCGCCGGCUGUUGGUGGUCCUCCCUGGCGGCCAUGGGCUGCUUUGGCAACAGAGACUCGCAGCAGGCGGCGGGCGGCGCCGAGGACAGCCGCGAGAAGAAGCGCAUUAGUGAUCGAAUCAACAAGCAGCUUAAGAUGGACAAGCAAGUGUAUCGCGCGACGCAUCGGCUGCUGUUGCUCGGCGCCGGCGAGUCUGGCAAAUCGACAAUCGUCAAGCAGAUGCGCAUCCUGCACGUCCACGGCUUUAGUGAUAGCGAGAAGUGGCGGAAGAUCGAGGACAUCAAGAAGAACAUUCGCGAUGCCAUCAUUACAAUAUCGGGAGCAAUGUCGACGCUAUCUCCUCCCGUCCAAUUAGAACAUCCCGAGAACCAAACACGCGUGGAUUGGAUUCAGGACUGCGCCACCGGCCCCGACUUCGACUAUCCGCCCGAGUUCUACGACCACACCGAAGCGCUGUGGAAGGACAAGGGCAUUCAGGCGACGUUCGAGCGGAGCAACGAGUACCAGCUGAUAGACUGCGCAAAGUACUUCUUGGAUCGGGUGGACAUAAUCAAGCAGCCCGAUUACAAACCGUCGGAGCAGGACAUUCUGCGAUGUCGUGUCCUCACCAGUGGCAUUUUCGAGACGCGCUUCCAGGUCGACAAAAUUAACUUCCACAUGUUUGAUGUGGGUGGCCAGAGAGACGAAAGACGUAAAUGGAUUCAAUGCUUUAAUGACGUAACAGCGAUAAUAUUCGUAACGGCGUGUAGUUCGUACAACAUGGUGCUGCGAGAGGAUCCCUCACAGAACAGAUUGCGGGAGAGUCUCGAACUGUUCAAGUCUAUCUGGAAUAACAGGUGGCUGCGCACUAUUUCCGUUAUACUCUUCCUCAACAAGCAGGACCUGCUGGCCGAGAAGAUUAAAGCCGGUAAAAGCAAAUUAGAAGAUUAUUUCUCUGAUUUCCAAGCGUAUCAAAUUCCCGGAGACGCGCCAAACGACGCUAAUGAAGACCCGCUGGUGGUGAAAGCCAAGUACUUCAUAAGGGAUGAGUUCCUACGUAUAAGUACGGCGUCCGGAGAGGGUAAGCACUACUGCUAUCCGCACUUCACGUGCGCCGUCGAUACGGAAAACAUAAAACGUGUGUUCAAUGAUUGUCGAGACAUCAUUCAGCGUAUGCAUCUGCGCCAAUACGAACUGUUAUAACCGCCCUUUCGAUUUCAAAAUGCGAGCAAAACAAAAAGAAUGAAAGAAAACACACAAGAACACAAGAUGAAUCAUACGAUCGAGAAUGAUGAAACAAAAUCUCUCGUUGCUUCUGUCUCCAACGCUGUAUAUCUCACUAUAUUAUAAUUACAUAAAUAUUAACGAGAACCUGAAUUAAGUAACGGUACCGCACGUUCAAAAUACAAAGCAUACAAAUAAUACUAAUGGACGAGAAACAUUUUAUCAAUGGAGCGUGUAACUCUCAAACGUAGCUGAUCUCUACUCUCCUCUCGUAGGAAGUGUUACAAUGAAACAAAAAAUAAUGAACGCCGCCUUAGUUGAUUCGAUUUCGCCGUUGCGUUGAAUUUCGAUCGUUUCGCAAUGCAUCCAGGAACACAAAUACACGAUUUUCGCCUGUGACGGGGAGUAAAACUAUAGGACCAAUAAAGACAACGCGUAACAAUUUUUAAUUGUUUUUUGGUUUCUCUUUUUUCUACCGACGAGUAAUUAAUUAUCAAAAAAAAAAGAUUAUAAAAAGAACACGACGAAUCAAACAAAACCGGUUGUUGUGUCACGCACGUGCAAAAUUGUUCUUGUUUUACGCAGCAAUACAGAAUACAUACUAGUGAAUGAUGAUGAUGAUGAGAGGCGGGCGGGUGCGCGCGAAGCCAGAGCCGCUUUUAAUAAAGUUGUCAAUUUUUAUUAUUAAGAGUCGCCGGGGCACAUUCGGAGAUUCACCACUUCACGCUGAACGGAGAGGAUGAUGUUGAUGAUUGUAUGACGAGUUUGUGUAAUGUGUAAUAUUUGUGGUUUUUAUGUGUUAUGGAAACGACCUUCGUUGCUAUCAUUUUUGAUGUUGUAAUAUUGUUUAUAAUAUUGUUCCUCGCGUCGAGAUGUAGCGUAGUUAUGUUAUUGUUUUGUUUAUUUGCGCCCCCGCUGGACACACACGUACCGCGACACACAAGCCACACACACACAACCAGCUGCCAAUGUGCGCGCUGGCAAAUUCCUUCAUCAGUAACCUUUUUUGUGCGUCGAGUUUUAUUGUUAUCGGAAUUAGGUGACUAGCGUUUAAUGAAGCAAACCAAAUUUAUAAUGUAAUAUUGUGUUUAGGAUAUAAUGUAUACAUGUGCAAUGAACCUCCUUGCGAUGCAACACUAAAGACUAUUGUGAUUUGAGACAUUUUAAAUGUUCGUUUCUUAGUUUUCUCCGUUAGCGGUGUCCGUAAGUAAAAGAUGCGCGCGCACUUUCGAUUGUCCAAAGUGGUGAUACGAAAUUGAGAGAAAUCUAUUUGCUGCUAAAAUUAUAGUUAAGAAACAAAUGAGGGAAACAAUUAACUAAUCUAAAAUUGUAAAAAAUAUGCGUGGAUGGUUUUUAUGUUUACUUAUUAUGAUUUAAUCGCUACCGUUUAAUUUAUGUGCAAUAACAAUCAAACAAAUAGUUGUGUUUUUCCGAAAGAAAUAUUUAUUAUUUUAUGUUGCAUGUAGUGUUAUGAUAACGAACCUUAAACAUUCAAACAAACAAGGAGAAGCAAACUACUAUAAGCAUAAAUUAUAAAGCACAAAACAAGAAACUAUAACAAAUCGUCUGAGAACUUCUUACUUUAUUGUAUAUUUGUUGUUUAAACUACUACUGUAGCAGACAGACAUAAAUAUUGAAAAUGAUAUGCUGCGAUAUAGCCAACCAAAAAAUGAAGAAAGAAAAAAACACAUACGUUUACCUAGAAAGAUCGUCUAUUUUUACUACUGUAUAUCCGCUGCCCGUUCACCUUAUCUGCAAGGUAGCUGGCGGUUUUCAAGAGCAAGUGAGAGUUUAAGCGAAUACGAAACAAACGAUGGAUGCGAUCCGAAAUGUGACUGAAUUGAAAACCACCAAAAUACUAUCACCACAUGAUGAACACACACAAAACACACUCACAUCACUAUGUUAGGUCUAUGUGAUUUAUCAAAGUCUUAGCAUAACAUUAGUAUCGCAUCAUGAUUAUUAAAGAAACGUAACGAUUGAAUGAAAGAAAUAACUUGAACUGACACUCUUUGACACUGACUUGUCGUUAGUAAGAACCUUCCGUAAACUUUCCUACAUGUAACAUGCACACACCGGAAGGCAGCGCAACAUAAAAAUAUGAAAAUCGCCAACGUUUCGUUUGCCCUUUCGACCAACAUACACACACGUUCUCAUGCUGUAAAUUUCCAUCGUCUUCGCACCGCGUGCGCGCGCGUGUUGUCGUUCGCGAGACGGCGUACCGGCGUGCACGUAGUGAGUAAUUAAUACUUAACAAAGAAAACAACCUAAGUGAAAAACACACAAACACACUAAAAAUAAUUGAGUGAAUCGCAAUACAGCGAUGUCUCUUGUAAUUCGUGCUUUUAUUAGUUCGGUAGUGUCUAAUUAAUUAAUAAAAAAUAAAAAUAUAUAUAUAUAUAUGUGCCGCUAGUCUAAUAAAAUAAAAAAAUAAAUAAAAAAUGGCGGAACGCCGCGCGUGGACCGCACCGAAGGCUACGUACGAAUCAAACGCAAACCAAAUAACGGUUUGGGCGGCGUCGCGCGCGCUCCACCGGCGUUCCAAAGUCCCUCAAUCUUUACUGAAUGUUAUAUUUGUUAAUAAAAACUGAGAAAAAAUGAAAAAAUUAUAAAUUAUAUCUGUAUUAUGCCAUUCAGGUUCGCAAUGACGACCCGCGCACGAAACACUUCCGACACCGGAAACGAAUGCGUUAACUCGUAACAAAAUAACCUGUCAAUAGCGCGCUACAUUAAUCAUUACACAAUUACCAUUGUGCGCCGUGUGUAUUACGAUACGAGUGGGUUCGGAAGUGUUUGGUCGCGUCGAUUGUAAAGAUGAUGCAAAAAUGAAGAAAACCUACCUUAACAAUGUAAACUCUCGACUCCUAUCUAUAUCAUGGAAAUCAAACGCAAGUUGGGCAUAGAAAAUUGAUCCUUUUUAAUUAGGAGCCAUGCACAAAUGCGGAUAAAAGCAAUUUUUCUGUCUGUAGGACAAAUUGAUGAUACUACUACAUAAAGAAAAAAAAAAUGAGCAAAAUGGAAACAGACUUUUUGAACGAAACGAAUGCCAGAAGCGUGUACUGUAUGAAUGAGUAUAGUAUUCGUUGUGAAAUACCCGAUUCAUCUGCGAAGCAAAAUGAACAACAACCAACACACAUUAAUACACACACACCGUGAUUCUGUUGACGAGUACAGCAGCAAAUCAGUAUUCUUUCGUUUGUAUACCCAAACCAAUGUACGCAUUGUUUUCGUGCCGAUAUUAAAUAUUGUCAUACCAAAUAUAAUGUAUAUGUGAAACAAGAAAACUAAAAAAAUACACACAAGCAAGAGAAUGGAAAAUACACGUUGGUUAUUUUCGUAACCCAGGGGAUUCAUAAGUGCUGUAUCCAAAAUGAACUGCCUGAUAUGAAUCACCUCUAUCUAUAUAAAGUAAAAUACUAUGCAAACACACAAAAUGAAACCAAGCAAACAAAACAUGAAAUAAAUUUAAAAAAAAAUUAUAAAAGAAUGAUAUGUAACUAAAUGAUCUGUAAUAAAUAUGUCUUAUUUA